AUGGAUCUGCUGCUCGGAACGAAUUUCGAUUAUGAACGUGCCAAAGAGUAUGCGCGUGGACUCGAAGGUGUUUCCGUCAAAUUAGCCGUCGCCUAUAUGAUCACAAUUUUCUCGAUCAAAUAUUUGAUGAAGGAUCGGAAACCGUUCGAUUUGCACACUCCGUUGAACAUUUGGAAUGGGAUUUUGUCGACAUUUUCGUUGUUGGGAUUUUUGGCAGUCUUUCCGACGUUAUGUUCGGUUAUUUAUAACCACGGAAUUUCACGUAAGUUGCUUUUUCAUUGAAAAAAAGAAAUUUAAGAAAAAAAGAGGAAUUUUUCAGACACCUAUACAAAUGUUUCCGAACUUUACACCAAUAAACUUUCCGGUUAUUGGAUCUAUCUUUGGGUUCUUUCGAAAAUUCCAGAGCUCGUUGAUACUGUUUUUAUUGUUUUGAGAAAGCGACCACUGAUUUUCAUGCAUUGGUUAGUUUGAAUUGAAAUUUGGGAAAGAAUGAUACCAAACACGCGUAUAUUAUGAGCAAUGCCUCUAAAAUUUCCCAGGUAUCACCACGCUCUCACCGGCUAUUACGCAAUCGUCUGCUAUCACGAGGACAAUGUUCAUAUGGUUUGGGUUGUCUGGAUGAACUACAUCAUCCACGCCGCAAUGUACGGAUAUUAUCUCCUAAAAUCGCUGAAAUUCAACGUUCCCCCAAUCGUCGCUCAAAUCAUCACAACAUCUCAAAUGCUUCAAUUCACCGUCGCAAUCAUCGCUCAACUCCACGUUUUCUAUUUGAAAUUCGUGGCCGGUGUUGAGGAGACAGCUGGAACAUUUAGAGGAACUUUCAUCGGAUUUUUCAUGCUCACAACUUAUUAUUACUUGUGGAUCCAGUAAGUUUACCCUGGAGAGAAGAGGUUCAUCGUGAAAAUAAUAUUUUCAGAUUCUAUAAGGAGCACUAUUUGCACAAUGGAGGAAAGAAGUAUAAUUUGGCGAAACAAGCUGAAAACGCUAAAAAAUCUCAAUAA